AUGAUCGUCCGGUCUCUUGUACAUGAGAGUUCCAAAGAUCUUUGUAAGUUACAACAAUAUGACAAUCUCCGGGUAAAAUUGCAUAUGGGUACCUAUAACAAUUACGGUAAUGCCGCCGGUGAUGAAAAUGAUGAUGAUGAUGAUGAUGAUGAUGACGAUGAUGAUGAUGAUGAUGAUGAUGACGAUGAUGAUGAUGAUGAUGAUGAUGACGAUGAUGAUGAUGAUGAUGAUGAUGACGAUGAUGAUGAUGAUGAUGAUGAUGACGAUGAUGAUGAUGAUGAUGAUGAUGACGAUGAUGAUGAUGAUGAUGAUGAUGACGAUGAUGAUGAUGAUGAUGAUGAUGACGAUGAUGAUGAUGAUGAUGAUGAUGACGAUGAUGAUGAUGAUGAUGAUGAUGACGAUGAUGAAUGGUGCUGGUUCUACUGGUCGAAAUCGUGGUCAUCUUGGACAUAA